AUGGGUAUUACUCGUGCUUCGAAGGAGGCUUGGUUUACGCGUAUCUCUGAGCUGUUUGAUAGCUACCCCUCGAUUUUCAUUGUGAACGUCGACAAUGUGAGCUCUCAGCAGAUGCACCAGAUCCGUCGGUCGCUCCGCGGUGAGGGUGUUGUGAUCAUGGGCAAGAACACCAUGGUCCGUCGUGCGCUCCGCCAGAUUGUGGCCGACCACCCCGAUCUCGAGAAGAUUGUGCCGCACAUCCGGGGCAACAUUGGAUUUGUCUUCACCUCUGGUGACCUCAAGGACGUGCGUGCCAAGAUCCUCGAGAACCGUGUUGCCGCGCCUGCGCGUGCCGGUGCCUAUGCGCCUUCGGAUAUCUACGUGAAUGCGUGCAACACUGGUAUGGAGCCCGGUAAGACGUCCUUCUUCCAGGCCCUCGGUGUCCCGACCAAGAUUGCGCGUGGUACGAUCGAGAUUGUAUCCGACGUCAAGGUCGUCAACGCUGGCGACCGUGUCGGCACUUCGGAGGCUACGCUCUUGAACUUGCUCAACAUUUCGCCGUUCACCUACGGUAUGGUCAUUGAGCAGAUCUUCGACAACGGCCAAGUGUUCGAGCCUAGCGUGCUCGACUUCUCGGAGGAGGACUUGCUCAAGCGCUUCAUGGGCGGUGCCAACCAGAUCACCUGCAUCUCGCUCGCGCUCAACCACCCCACCAUUGGCUCGGUCAUGCACAAUGUGGUCAAUGCGUACAAAAAGGUCCUUGCCGUCUCUAUCGCCACGGACUACGACUUUGACGGCUCUGAGCAAAUCAAGGAGCGCAUCCGCAACCCCGAUGCCUUUGCUGCCGCUGCGCCUGCCGCGCCUGCCGCUGCUGCCGGUGGCGAGGCUGCGCCGGCCGCCGAGGAAAAGAAGGAGGAGGAAGAAGAGUCUGACGGUGACAUGGGCUUUGGUCUCUUUGACUAA